AGCAGCUUUCAGAUUCUCAUGACAGGGAAAGUUACAACCAGAGGCAUCAUUGUCCUGCUGCAAUUUGCUAUUUCAUUUAUCCAAGGGAACUUCAUUGGAUUCAAAUAGGUUCCAGAAAGUCAAUGGAUCCUGGCAUCAAAGGAAAGAUUCACCACAACAUGAGAUUCACCUGCUCUCUUUUUAUCGUGGGCUUCUUUUCUUUGGCACCUUCCUUGUGUUACAGCCAGAUUGAUCCCCUCGAUCUUGGCCAAGCUGAUCCCCAGUGCUGGGAAGCCUCAUCUGCCAUUUUGCUGGAGAUGAGGAACCCAGAUAUUUCUGACUCAGUCAAUGGCUUUUGGGACUUCAUGAUCUUCCUGAAGUCAUCAGAGAACACGAAGCAUGGGGCUCUGUUCUGGGACUUGGCACAGCUUUUCUGAGAUAUCUAUGUGGACUGUGUCCUUUCCAGAGCCCAUGGUCUGGGGAAAAGACAGCUUGGUGAAAGGCAACUGCAAAUGGACAUGUUUCCCUCUUGGAUCAUAAGACGCACGUUUUCGCAAAUUCAGGUGACUCCUAUAUGGAAGAAGAAAAAACAGAAUGAAGACUUAAUAAGCAUCCAUGUUCACAAGAGGCAGUCUGCUUUACUCACAAGAAUUAUGGGACAUGUACGAAUGAAGAAGGAACGAGUUUAG